AGCUUAAACGCGAGUUAGUCUCACUGGAACCGCCAAGUUUUAAACGUUGCAAGAAGUUUGUUAUAUACGGUGAGUGACACUGUCAGGGACUGUGAGAAGUGUGUGCGUGUAUGAGACACUUUGCAGAGACACUCAGGGAGGAAGAGUGAUUCUGACUGUGUUUGAAAGACGACGUGAAUUAUUGCCAUGCACUCAGGCAGGUGAGUGCCUCUUCAGAGUGCUUGUAGGAGUGACAGUGUCCACCACGCGACACACUCAAAGAUAAUAUCUAAAAUCUCGAGGAAGAGGAUCCUGUUACACAAGGUGCAGUACAUGAAAAUUACACCGUUCAGAUGGAAGGAUAAUCAAGUUCCUUCCGUGACCUUCGCCCUGAGGCUAAUUUUGUGAGACGAGGAGUAACUUGGCCAAAUGUGACUGCAGGAUUAAGUUGCAAGUAGCUGCUGCUGGUAGUAUUGGUCAUCUCUACUGUGUUGACUGUCCCUGCGUCUCACACCCGCACCUACUCCUCACUGGCGUCUCACACCCGCACCUACUCCUCACUGGCGUCUCACACCCGCACCUACUCCUCACUGGCGUCUCACACCCGCUCCUCCCCUCACUGGCGUCUCACACCCGCACCUACUCCUCACUGGCGUCUCACACCCGCCUCCUCCUCACUGGCGUCUCACACCCGCACCUACUCCUCACUGGCGUCUCACACCCGCACCUCCCCCUCACUGGCGUCUCACAGCCGCUCCUCCUCCUCACUGGCGUCUCACACCCGCACCUCCUCCUGGACUCUCACUGGACUCUCAUAUAUCACCAUCUAAUUGCACGGCUCAUUUAAUAUUCUUGAGCAUCUAUACAACAUUAAAGACUCGUAUUUAUGACCACUGCUUCACAAAACUUGAUAGCUCUUUAUUAGCCAGUGAGAGACAAAAUGUGUACCCCGAGAGACUAACGUCCUAGCAGAAAUGCUGAACAUUAAAGGAAGACCUUACAAGAUGGAAUGGUGGAUGAAGGUGACGUUGUUGACGGCACUACUGGCUGCUCUCCCUGUCCUGGCUAAGAGACCGCGAAGACCAUCCAUGUUAGGCAGCGCGUCGGAAGGUUGUGGACGGGAGGUGGUGAGCGUGGUGCCAGAUCAACAAGUAUGGUUGGUGUCCCCUGGCCACACCGUCCCUGGUGUCACCAAUGGCUCUCAGCACACCUGUACCUGGGCGGUCAAGGCUCCGGCAGGACACGGUGUGUUGGUGGAGAUAGUCAGACUAAGUCUGCCCAGGUCCCGUCGCUGCAUCGGUAGCAGACUGCAGAUUCUGCCAGGGCUGUCAGCAGACCAGGGCUAUACCAGGCCGCUUGCCAAGUUCUGUGGACGGACACCCAGAACAAAGUUAUGGAAAACAACGUUCUCUGAGGUGGAUAUUGAAUACAGGAACAGCAAAACCGGCGGUCUAAAAGUGAAGACCGGAGGGAAAGACCCCAGAAGCAAUGCAUUUCAAAAUCUUAACUCUAACAACAGAAACAGAACACAUCCAUCGUCACGUCCUUACCCCAGAAGACCUUUGGCAUCCACUAGAGCCGAGAAACUAGAGCGGAUCAAGGCCCUACAACGAUUAUAUCAACUCAAAAGACAGGGAAAUAAUCAGUCCCAGACAGAGAGGAGCCUCAAGCAGCCCACGCAGAGCAGAAGGCGUUAUUAUCAAUACCAACAGUCCAAUAGUCGACGUUUCUACAGACAUCUAAAUGCGUCUACAGAUAGCUUCUCAGAUCUCCCUGUCAGCCACAACCUGCUAGUGGAUGGUGAUCGUUAUGUGUACGAUCUAGAGAGCAAGACAUAUGGGGCCGUAUCAGACCAUCCCAAAGCAAAGACUGUCAGACUUCUCAGUGUUGGUGAACCCUCCUGGAUUAACUCCAAUUUCAUCAGCCACGACGGGAUAAACAAUACUGAUAUUAUCCACUACAUGGAAGAGCCGAUCACGGUGCAGGAAACUCUUCAACGUCAUAAGAAGAAAAAUUCGAAAAAGCCCAAGAAAUCAAAGCGAAUUAAAUUCCUCAGCGAGUUGAUUAAUGCUUCUCCAGGAGAGUCGACUGAGAGACACCCGAGGUCCCCUCAGGCGGAGUCAGAAACUGACCGCCGGAGCAAUGGCCGCCAAAAGAACCAUCGCGCGCGAUACCAUAUCACCCGCGGUCGUAAUAAUUCACGUAGACAGCAAUACAGAGUCACUAUCACUAACCAUAAGCGUCCCAGCUCUGGCAGAAAAGUCCCCGCACUACCACGCAAGGCGCUGGAUACCAUCCCUUAUCACUCUCGAGGACGUAAUGAAAUUAUUCCUCAAAAGCCCACCAAACCCAAUAUUCAUGGCGGCGGGAAGCAUCCGUAUACCCCCAUGAAGAACUUUGGAUAUAAACAUCCCAUAGACGAGCAGAGGCCAGAGGUGCCAAGUCAACCUGUGGAAGGAAGCAGUGCAAAGAGACCAAAGGAAUAUUUUGUAAUUAAGGUUUCUGCCUUCCGGAGCGGGUGUGGAGGUAAGGUGAGGGAGGAGAAAGGAAGAUUCUCCAGCCCUGGAUACCCGCGUAAGACAGGUGGCAAGACUUCCUGCUUCUGGAGGUUCAAGACUCCUGCUGGGAGUCACUGGAAGCUGGAGUGCAAGGAUUUCCGUAUCCGCAAGUCUGAACAGUGUCUACGCGAUCACCUAGCCAUCAGAAUCAACGAUGCUGGCUGGUCAAGGUACUGCGGGCGGGAGGGACCCAGUUUAGCCCUCACCUCCUCCCACCAGGCUUCCGUCGACGUUGUUCUCAACACCUUCAGGAACAACUCUGCCAGAAUCUACUGCUCCUGGGAUACCACGCGAAUAGAUGAAGCGGAACAACAGCAGCAUCACAACUACGGUAGAUAUUGGAGCUACAACCUCACCCGUGCCACCACAACUACCACCACCACCACUACAACCACAACCACAACCACCACUCCGCCACCUGUAGCAUCGCCAGCUAGGUGGAGCUGCCAAGACUACACCCGCUUGACGGCAGAACACACCAUGUGCAAGUCUACACCCUCCACCUGCUCCAUCUACCACGAGGGUGUCACUAGACACGACAUGGCGGCCAUCGUAGAGACGCACAACAAGUACCGGGCCAAGGUGGCCCGCGGGGAAGAGGGCGAGGGACUGCCCGGGCCACAGUACUCGGCUUCAGACAUGCAGGAACUGGCUUGGAACGACGAGCUGGCUCAGGUGGCUCAAGCCUGGGCCUCGGCAUGUCCAGAUUACCACGACUGCCAUGACUGCCGCCGAGUUCUCUCCAGAGACUACUACGUGGGCCAGAAUAUCUUCUACGAGUGGAGUAGCAGCAACCCCGGCUCUGUCUGGGACACAGCCGUCAGGCUCUGGUACGAGGAGGUCAAGUAUGUCCCUAACUACCUUACUACAAACUUCAGGUCGAUGGAUCACGCAGUUAUCGGACACUACACACAGUUGGUAUGGGCUAACACUAGGGAGAUAGGCUGUGGUGCAGCCUACCAUGACUGCACAAAGGAAUUUAAAGGUCGCUUGUGGAAGCUUAAAUGCAAGAUCUACGUGUGUAACUACGGCCCCACUGGUAACUACCUCAAAAAGCCUAUGUAUAGCAUUGGACCAGCCGCCUCCGCCUGCCCAAACAACUCUCGCCCAUCACUGGAGUUCCCUGGACUCUGUACUUCCCACUGACAAGUUUUUCGGCCUAUGUAACUUCCUCGGUUGUCUACGUAUUCCACUAGCAAAUGUCUCACUCUCAGUGUCCACCAGCUUCUGAACCACUGCCGAGUCCACCACUCAAAAGUGUCUAUCGCUAUAAAUGUUAACAUCAAAGCUGGGUUUUAAAAGUCGUAUUUGUACAGUCAUUAAUGUGCCUUUGCGAUACAGAGACUAAAAAGGCACAAUACCGUGAGUGGAACAAUACACAAAACGCACAUAGGAGAAUGAGACUUGUGACGAUGUUUCGGUCUCACUUGCACCAUUAAUUAGUCACGAACUAGUUAAUGGUCCAAGUGACUAAUUAAUGGACCAAUUCGGACCGAAACGACGACACAAGUUUCAUUCUUCUAUGUGCUGGUUCUAUGUAUUUCACGAUACAAGUUCGUCAGAGAACAGUGUUGGUGCUGUACCUGUGAGGCGACCACUUCGAGUGAAGUCACGCUAGUUAACAAUUAAGAAAAAAAAUCAAUACUUUUAAUUGGAAUAGACCGAAUACAAUCGUGAUGUUGGAGACACAUACAAUAACAUUACUAAUGUGGCAAAGAAAUUUUUGAAAUUGAAGUGUAUUGUGUUUAAUGUUGGAAUGAAGUGCAUUUUAUUUUACAAGAAGGUUGUAGCUAUGGUGCUCACUCCUCCGCGAGGCUCCAGCUCUUGUCCUCCAAUGGCAAUAUUCAGAAAUUUCUUAAUGGCCAUUAAGACUAAUUGACGAGACAAAAGGGAUUAUUAUUAUUAUUAUAAUCAAGGGGGAAGCGCUAAACCCGGAGGAUUAUACAGCGCCUGGGGGGGGGGAUGUGGAAGGCAUUCAGGCUUAAUUCGGGGAACUGGAGCACAGAUCCAAUUCCCUAAAUCAAGAGCCCCUCACCAACAUCAAGGAACCUUCCUUGAGGGGAGAGAGAGAGACAAAAGGGAACAAUUACUGGUGGAAUAUUAGCUGCGAGUGAAAUUCACUACAUGUGUAAAGAGUGAAAAAUCUAGUGGCAAUAUUUUAGACUAGUGGAGAGUCAGCCAGACGUAUUUCCUGGAUGAACUACUUGUUAAAGGAAAUAUUUUAAGCAUGUAGUGAUGAACAGUUCCUAGUUUUGGAUCGUUAAUUCAGCUAGGACACUGUUUUUAUUUGUGCUAUCUGUACCUGUUCAGUCACAGGAAACUGAGUAAUUUCUUUUGACCGUUCAGGAUUCCGAUUCACUGAAUGCAUUCAACAAUUUCUCUCGGAGUCUAUAAGUGUCCCCGUCUUUAUCUUCUCUUCUAGAAAAAAAUAUAUGGGAGAAAUGCACACACUCCCAUGACGACCAAGUGCUUUAGUGAAGCCGAUUUUCAGAUGUAAACUGAGACUUAGUGAACACAAGGCACCUGAUACCAUGUUGCGUAUUUUUCUUGACAGAUGUGAUAAUUAUCUUGUGUAACUCAUGGAGCUUUUACACUGGUGUGAAUAUAGCGUUUCUUGACAAACUGUAUCCAAGUUGCAUAGACAGCAGUGAACAAAAGAAACACGUUACCAAAAAAAAAAAAUUAAGUGGGACAACGUUUCGCUCUGUAUAGAGAUUUACAAAGCUCUAUACAAAAUCAUGACUCGACAGCUCUUCACAGAGCGAAAUUUUGUGCCAGUGAGAGAAUUCUGUAUAGUCUCUACACCUCUGGCAAAAUUUCUCUGUUUACACGAGUGGAAUGGAACUGGGUAAUGGAGUGUUAGAGUGACGAUGGUUAUGAUAAUCAUGGUGGUGUGUAUGGUGUUGCUGCAACCUCAUUAUGUUCGCUAUGGAAAUGAUUUUAUUACUCGCACUUACCCACUAAGUCUUAGCCUGUUUAUGUAUAGGUGGAACCCAAAUUCAACGGUAUAGGAUUAUUUUUAGAUCACAUUAAAGACCGUCAUCUGGUUAUGUGGAGAGUAAUCAGACGGAAAAUAUCCAUGUAGGUUAUUGGUGUAUGUUACCCAUACAGUGUAUGGUUCACUCAGCGUGUAUAUGUAUAUAUGCGUGUGUUUGUACGUGUUCGUGUACACAGAUGUGUGUAUAUACAGUACAUAUUUUAUAAAGAAUUAAACACAUCAAUGUACUUCUAUUUAUGCUAGAAAUGUGUAACUUCUUCGGCAGAAUAAGAAUGUCUCUAACUUAUAUUCUUUAGCAUCUAGAGCUUAAGGACGACUGUGCUGGUGCAGUUCAUGCUUCUAUUAUAUGUAUUAGAACACGUCAGAUUUAUCAUAUUAAGAUCUUUAUAUUCCAACACUGCGCAGCUGCUUUUCAAAUAAGAGUAUUUUCUUGAAGAGGUGCUAAAACAAAUUAAAAUUCUUUUAAGUAGUGUUGGAGAUAUGGAUUGAUCCCUUAAGGUGGUGUUUUAAGGGACCUGAUCCCCUAUAGGCAGGGGUGGGUAAAUAUUUUGACCAGUAAAGCCUGCUUAAACAAGCUUUCGUGGGCCACACACCCUUGUCAGUAUAAAACUAUAAAUGUUUAUUAAGGCAGACCACACCGUUUACAUAGAGUUUACAUGGAGCUCCGGGGGUCAACGCCCCCGCGGCCCAGUCUGUGACCGUAGUCAAAGUUAAAGCAUUACAAGCUCACAGAGGUCACCCGAAGCACAUAACUCAGCAUUUGGAGAAUUAAGAAAAAUAAUCCUCACUUUAUGGUCAAAGUGAAGUCACUGCUGGUACACAAUAUGGAAAUAUAACCCACAUAACUAGGUAACAACGUAUGAUAAGCUCACAGAUGUGAUACCUACAUUCGCCUGGUGGUAGACGGUAGGUGAUGUGGCCCAUACCUUACUCCUGAGUCAGAAGGAAACCAAAUGAAAGGAGAGAAGAGAAAAAUGGAGAAUUCUUGGGAAAUGAGGUGGGAAUCUGUAGGUAUGAACACUAGAGUACAGGUGGCGCUGACAUGCACUCACCCUGAGGUUACCAGAGAUGAAACCAAAGGAAAGUAGCCGUCCUGAAAUCAGCCUUAAGUGGUUUAUAUUGUGUGGCGUGUUGUCAAGCCGCUGCUUUGGCUACCCAACACACAUGAAUAUAACAUAAACAAAUCGAAAUGCAUUCUUUCUUAUAUUGGAGAUUAAAAAAUUUCAUAAUUUGCUAGACAGCGGUGGGCCAGAUAGAUUUCCUUGGCCCUGGGGCCGUAUAUUGCCCAUCCCUGCUUUAAGGGUUGUUGUAACAACGGGACUCAUCUCUCAAUUGCCAGAAGUUGUCCACCCUCAUAUUUUUCUUCUGGUUCUGCUGAGUUCUUGAGAAGCUGUACUCUCUAAAGAGACAAAUUUACUAGAACCCUAAUGGAAAUAAGUCACUUUGUCCGAUUUUUUAGAGGAUUAUCCUAGGUAAUUUACACUAUGUAUGAUAAUUGUACUUAUGUGUACCUGUGCCUAAAUAAACUUACUAAAGUGGCCCUAGAAAACAUCCUUCAAACAAUAUUCUCGUUGUUCAAGUCAGUAGAAUAUAACCGGAGAAAGAUUAUGUGUGUAGGGGCGAGGAGAGGUCGAAUACUGUGUUGAUCGUUCAAUUUGAUGGUUGAUCUCGACGAUAGGUUAGAUUUCAGCAACUGUAUUGCUAGUGAACUGAUUAUUUGUAGCAGUCUGCUGAGUAAAUAAUUUGAAGGUGUUCAGUCCCUUAACUUCAGUUAUAAAUAAAUAAUUUUGAAGGUGUUCAGUCCCUUAGCUUUAGUUAUAAAUAAAUAAUUAUUAAUAAAACAUUGUACAAAAACAUUUCAUUCCUUUAGCUAUGAUUAAUGAAGUAUUGUACAGAAGUUGUUUAUAAAUAUAUAGAAAAUUAACAUGUAAUAGGUGUAGCAAGAAUCUUCUGCAGUGAUUCUUUUAAUUCUUUCCCGACGAGGGAUUAGGUUAGGUUAGAUACGUCAGGAAACAAGACAAGUGUUUUCUGACGAGAGUCUUGUUCACAUGACUCGCCACUGGAGCUUUUGGUCAUCUGACCGAGGCCUUCCACUGGCUUACCCGUCCACCUCUUUAAAAAUUAGUUAUAAUAGCUUCCCCUGACGGGUGUCUACUAUACCAAGAAGGUGAGUUACGGGAAAGUGAUGACUGAAAGGAUGAACUUUAAGACAGUGUUCUUCCCACUAGACUGAGAAAGUUACUAGAACUCGACUUUUUUUUUUUUUAGUGGGGAUAUUCAGUGAAAUAAAAUGAUUUAUACAUGUGUUUCCUUCAGCAAGGUCAGAUGAGUGUGAACUCGUGUAUACCACAAGGUCAGAUUAGUGGCUCAGUUGGCAGCACACUCGACUCUCAUGCUGACUGUCCGUGGUUCGAUUCCCGGCAUGUGUAGACAGUAGGUCUACCCACCUGUUUCACAUGCCACUAAAGGGAGUUACUGACCUAGGCCUGGUUUCUAAACUUCCCACUAGAUGUCAGGCACCGAGGUGGACCCACACUGCCUGGCAUCUACCUCACUCUGCCUGCACCGGACCUACAGACAAGACCUCUUAGACCCUUAGAGUUCGUCUCCUGGCGUCCCCAUACACGUCCUGCCUAUGUACCCAUUAGAAAAAUAAAUCCACGCUAGUCUGCGACCUUUUAGUAAUCUUCUGUAUUGCCUAUUCUACCAGAAGAUAUGACAUAUAGUGGUUUUACACAUGGAAACACUGGGCAGGUUUCAUUACACCUGGUCCCCCUGUUCACCUAGCAGGAUGUAGGUACCUGGGUGUUAGUCGACUGUUGUGGGUGGCAUACCAGGGGGUGGUAGUUCUUAGGGCCAGGCUUCGACGUAACCUGUGGUAGGAGAACAGCUUGUAACCUGUAAAAUUUUAUUUUUGUUAAAAAGUAUUUCCUCCAGAGGUGUCAGUCGAUAAGGUACCAGUCGAGUGUGUGGUGUAUUAAUCACUGCCAGAACCACCAGCAUCACCACUCAGAUCCCUUCACCUACCCGUUGGAUAGUUCCAAACAGCUUACUGUUGACAACAGUGAAACAGAUGAUGAAGUUACUAUAACAGAACAAAUUUACUAUCUCAGUGAAAGCUUGUGCUCGUACUGACGAGGGUGACAACACGUCCCUCUCUACGUCUUAAUAUUUCCAGUCCCUACGUGCUAAUAAACAGCGAAUAUUUAAUGAUGAUCUUGCUUGGCAACGUAUUACGUUGACAAAAUGCCUUUCCAAGGAGUAUGUUUUGGCUAUGCUAAAGGAAACUAGUAACUACAGAGAAAAUGGAAUUAAAUCCAUUUACCUCAAAAAAAAAAAAAAAAAAGUUCCCUCUUAAAUUAUAGUAAAUAAAAACAACACGUCCUCUUUGGAGGACGGGUUGGUGACUGAGUGAAGAUGACCUGCGACUCGUGCUGGAGUUUUUACAUGCACGAAUGUAGAUGAAUGGUUCAGAGAACCGACAAGUUGAUAAAUUAAACGCAUAUGCAACACUUGGAUAUCUUUGGAUACCUCAUUAUAGAUACCCAAGUGUUGCACAUGUGUCUAAUUUAUCACACGCAGGAAUACACGCAUAUCUGUUCUGAAUCCUGGAGUUCCAGAGUCAUCUUGCUUAAUUCUAAGUAUUGUAAAUAUAUUAAUAAACUAUUUUGUACUGCCCCUCUAGCAUGGAGGUUAAUGGUUGGUGGCCCUAUUCUUAAGACACUCUGGAAAAAAAUCAUUGAUGUGAAUCCAGCAGCACUUAAAGUUAUAGAUUAAGUAGUGUCUGAAUAUGAAAGUUGGUAAGUUGAGGCCACCGGUUACUAGUCAAUACAUGUCUUAGAUUUUAAUAAUAAAGGUCUGGAUAAUGAUA